AUGAAUAUCUCCGCAAUUAACACGUACGGUGAAAGAAAAAUUUCUUGUUUAAUUCAGCCUGAGGAUAACAUUAAAGAUCACAUCAGAGAGUUCGCGUGCGGGACGUUGUUUUACCGUUCCUUAUACAUUAAUGAAGAAAGAAACACACUUUAUGUUGGUGCUAUGGAUCGAAUAUUUAAGUUAAAUUUGACAGAUAUAAGUCAAUCACAUUGUGAGCGAGACGCUCUAUUAUUAGAGGCAAGUAAUGUAGCUCGCUGUGUAAGCAAAGGAAAAUCAGAGCCAUUUGAAUGUAGAAACCACAUACGAGUAUUGCAGCCUCUUGGUGAUGGAGAAAGGUUGUACGUGUGCGGUACAAACGCUCAUAGCCCCAAAGAUUGGGUGGUUUACUUAAAUCUAACGCACCUGCCCCGGCACGAAUAUGUGCCAGGAGUCGGACUUGGCGUGGCCAAGUGCCCCUAUGACCCGGCUGACAACAGUACCGCAGUGUGGGUCAAUCGGGGCAACCCUGGUGGCCUGCCAGCGCUGUACGCCGGAACGAACGCCGAGUUCACUAAAGCGGAUCCGGUCAUAUUCCGGAACGACCUAUUCGAUUUACGAACGGGUCAAAAGAGGUUCAAUUUUAAACGGACGUUGAAGUACGACUCGAAAUGGUUGGAUAAAACCAAUUUUGUGGGUUCGUUCGAUGUUGGGGAGUACGUUUUGUUCUUUUUUCGGGAAACCGCCGUUGAGUUCAUGAACUGUGGCAAAGCUGUUUACUCUCGAGUGGCGAGGGUGUGCAAACAAGACACGGGUGGGAAGCAUAUACUGAGCCAGAAUUGGGCCACUUAUUUGAAAGCCAGACUGAACUGCAGCAUACCUGGAGAGUUUCCCUUCUACUUUGAUGAGAUACAAAGCGUUUAUCAGAUGCCAGGUGAUAGUAGUAAAUUCUACGCGGCGUUCACUACCGGCGCAAGCGACGGUCUUGUUGGAUCAGCCAUCUGCACAUUUACGAUGGAAGACAUACAGGAAGCCUUCGCUGGAAGGUUCAAAGAACAGGCCACAUCAAGCUCGGCGUGGUUGCCUGUGCUCCGCGCCCGUGUGCCGGAACCACGUCCAGGCACGUGUGUCAACAAUACCGAGGCGUUGCCCGAUAACGUGCUCAAUUUUAUCAGGUCUCACCCACUAAUGGACUCUGCCGUGAGACACGAGGGUGAUGCCCCAGCUUUCUACAAGCGAGAUCUUGUCCUGACUACACUGGUGGUGGAUCGGCAGACAGUUGACAUGCUAGCCCAGGAUAUCACUUAUACUGUAUUCUAUGCGGGGACUAGUGCUGGUGAAGUGUAUAAGAUCGUUCAGUGGGCUGGAGGCGGAUCCCGCGUGGCAGAUAUAUGGCGAGCGGCGGGCGAUGAACCCGUCCGUGCGCUUGCGCUGUCGAGGCUCACCCAUGCCCUCUACUUGGCUACAGACAACAGAUUACGUCAGCUACCUUUACAUGCGUGUGCGCAUCGGUAUGACAGCUGUGUGCGCUGCGUCCUAGAUCCGUACUGCGGUUGGGAUAAAGAGGUCGGCGCAUGUCGGUCCUACACUCCAGGAUUACUCCACGACGCUACAAAUUCCACCCCAUCAAUUUGCGAAGCCAGCGCUCCACUGAAGACGGUCAGAGCUGGUUAUGGACAGAGCGUGCAUCUCGCCGCGUUUGCCAAGACGCCGCAAGUUUUGACUGAUCAAAUCGUCGCGUGGUACCAUCAUUCCAGAGAGAGGGGCAGAUAUAAAAUCAGUUAUAAUUGGGAGCGAGUUUUGUUGACUUCCGAGCGUGGUUUGGUGCUACUGGCCGUUACAGAAUCGGACAGGGGCCGGUAUGAAUGCUACUUUGGACCUACCCUGGUUGCUUCGUACAAUUUGGACAUAGAUAUGCAAAGGUGUACGCAACCAAAUAAAUCACAGGAGUACAGGCAGGUGUACUCUGAUUGGUGUCACGAGUUUGAGAAGUACAAGAGCGCUAUGAAAGCGUGGGAGUCACGUCAAAUGCAAUGUUCGAAAAGCAUGAAUUCAAACCAGCAGAAUAAUAUGAGCAACGAGAUUGUCGCUUCGCUGCGGUGA